GAGAGAGAGGGGGGGGGGAGAAAGAGAGAGAGAGAGGGAGAGAGAGGGAGCGAGAGAGGGAGAGAGAGAAAGAGAGAGAGAGCGUUUACCCUUUUAAUCCAACCAAUGAGACGGUCGAUACUCUGAGAUUUUUUGAGUUGUGCAGGAGCACAAAGUGAGCUGAUCGUGUGUGAACUUCCAGGUAAAGCUACAACCCGUCUCAAGGUCUUCUCCUAUUUUAGCCCUAGAGGCUGCUUCUCCAGGCUUUGAUGCCCACACUCUUUGAAGCAGGUGGACAGACACAGGCAUGAGUGAUCGUGGGACCAAAGAGCCAUCUCCCGAGCCGAGCACUGCCCAGUCUCCUCCUGAGCCUCAGCGCAGGGGCAGGGGUCGGCCACGGAAACAGCAGCAGGAGCCUGUUGGGCCACCGACUCCUAAGAGACCGAGAGGACGACCGAAAGGCAGCAAGAACAAAGGCCCCAGAACUGCACUGAAGAAAGUAGAGCCCGUUGGGGAGAGACGACCACGUGGGCGACCAAGGAAAUGGCCCCGGAAAGUAGUGCAAGUUGCUGAAGAGCAGCAGGUGGACCUACUUCCCUGCACGCAAUCACUGAAUUCAUCACUCAUUCUUGGCUCUUCAGAAGAGACUGAGGAUGAUCCCUCGGAGCUCGAGCCUCAGACAUCUCAGGUUCCAGCACAAGAGGAAGGCGAGUAGAUAAGAUGCCUUUCAACCUACCUCAAGGUUUGGCCUUCAACAAAUGGGUUCUGACCCGUUUCUGUGAUGGGAAUUCAGGAACAUACACAUAACCACACAAAAAGAUGUCAUUGCAGACAGUGGUUUCUUCACCCGAUAUGAUACUGUACCCUGGUUUUAUUGGUUCGCUGUAGGAGUUUGAUGAACAAGCUCUGUUUUUACUUCAAAUAAUUUGAUCUUUCAAAAUAGCUUUUUUUUAAACAAAUAGUUUGACAUUUUGGGAAUUGUGCUUGUUCACUUACUCCAAGAGCUGCAUCAAAAGAUUGAUACCAAUCUCCUAUCUGUACAGUAAAUAUACAGCUAUGGUCAGCAGCUGGAAAGCUCGGCUUAGCUUAGCAUAAAGACUGGGAACAGUUUAAAGUUUUAAGUUCAUUGUUCACACAGUUCAUGUGCCUUUUUGAGUUUUAAAUGAGUAUGGUACAUUUUCACCUUCAAGUGUCCAGUCUGAAUGCUACGCUUAAGAUUCAUUGUUUUUUUUUAUAAAUCUUCUCAUUUAACUUUUGGAAUGAUUGCCAAGAAGUGUAUUUACCAAAAAGUCAAACUAUUGCUUUAAGGAUGCCCGCUCUCCUCAACCCCUCUGCUUGUCUCUGUGCGGGUGUGUGGACGGGCAUGUGGGUUAAAAUUGAAAGAGGGGGGUUGAAGAAACAAGGAACCAAACUUGACUGUUUUAAAGAAAAAAGAAAUCUAAAUCAAGUGUCAUGAAUUCUCAUAUGAAAUGGGAGCAAGAUGGUGACAUUUUUAGCGAUGUUACAAUAUAAACAUGGUGCGCUGAAGUCAUUAUUAUAAAAGUAGACGUGAAAGAUUUUAUUCCAAAAGGAGAUAUCCAGUUUGGGAGAAAAUAAAUGUCUUAUGUUCUCAAAGUUAAAAAGUACUGCAUAACAUGAUGUUGGAUCAAUUGCCAAUGUAGGCAAGAGUUAAGUUUGGCUUGAUAACCUCAAUGAUUGUAUUUCCUCUUCCACCCUCCAGCAAGUAAAAACGCACCCAAAGGUUUAUAUGGAUGUCUUGUUUUGGAAAGAAAUCCUUCAUAUUUACUUUAGUCAACAACAGUGUUGACACGUCAUUUUACCACACUCAGGAUUUUACUAUUACAGUGCUUUUACACCAUAUUGAAACCUCAGGUACUAAACUAUUCAGGAACAUGUUGUCAGUCUACUCAGUAAAAAUGAUUGUGCUGUGUUUGUUGUGCAUUUCUGAUUUGUAUUUGACAUUACCAGUUUGCCUUGACACAAAGACCUCAUUUAAACCUCAGAUGCCCUCAGUUUGUUAAACUCUCAUACUACCUCAGUGACAAAAAACAUCACAACAAAAUAACUUUUCACUCCCUCUGCAGCAACCAACUACACACACACACACACACACACACACACACACACACACACACACACACACACACACACACACACACACACACACACACACAGACUUUUUCAGGCCUACACACAAAGCACACAUCACACACCAGCAGAGGAUUUUACUAUUGGUGUACAAAAACAGCAUCAUUGUCAUUUUCUUUAAAAAAUGUAUUUGUUAAAAGCUGAAGUGAGACCUGGGAAAACAAUGCAUACAAUAGUUUACAACAACUUGAUAAAAUACUUGCUUUUUAGGGUGUAGUUUCUUAUGAAAUACUUAUUUUUUGGGUCUGUUACUCCUUUCUCAUUUUUACUACAUCGUGUUUUUUUCUCAUUCUUACACUGUAAAUUGUAUGCGUGACACUCUUAAUACGUGUGAUUUGAAAAGAAAUAGGGCAGGAAAUGACUUCACAGUGCUGAAAUACAUGACAAGUUAUGGGAAACAAUGACACAAUGGCACCAGUUAACAAAUAAAUGGUGGAAAUAUGUAAAUAAUACUAAACACUGCAACCUCCUCUUUGUUGUUUUACUCAUUUAAGAAAGAAAAAAGGUUGUUCCUCCAUUUUCUUAAUGGUCAUUAUAAGAGAGACUAUAUAGUGACCUUCAACAAUUGGGCUACUAUGUGACAGUAAUAUUGAUUGCACAAAUAUAAUAUACCAGAAGAAUAAGUAUAAAUUAGUCAAUAACUGCCUCAUCGGUCAACCUGUAUUGAAGGGUUGAUUUUAUUUCUCAUUAAUUCAACUUUUCAUUUGUGGUUCUUCUUUCUCACUUGUGGUUUCAAGUCAUGAAGCUAUGCAGAUAGUUAUGGUUUUUGACCAGUUCUAAGAUACUGUAUCUGUUUCUGAGACUCAAAUACAAUGGAAAUUAAUAGAUUUCUAUUUAUGGUCAAUGCUUGUGGUGAUAAUACAUCCUGCAUUAUGUAAAAAACACAUUUUAAGGGUAACCCCUAAACAUACUUUUUAUCUUUAAUGAAUCAUGAAUAAUUUAGUACUUUGUAGUGAUAAUAAUCGUAUUUUUUACAAGAUUUCUCUAAAAUUUACAAUUGUUUAGUUAUUAGGAGGUUUCCGAUUUCCAGUCUUUUUAUAGAACAUGUUUUUGAGACCUUGGUGGUCAGGAUUUCUGCACUUAAACUGACAGUUAGCUUUUGAAAAUAUUUAUUUUUCAUAUCACUGAUGGGAUGAGAUAUCCUAAUUUGUGUAUGUAUUUCAGCAUUGUUGGCUAAAUUGCUGCCAUGGAGCUUAAUUCAUUUACAGACAGGUAUGUUUUAUUGUUCAACUGCAUUGACGUUUCUGUUUUUUGCCCUUUUGGACUACCUCUAAAAAAAACCUAACAAGCCUGGGACGUCUUGCAGAAAGUCUUUGGUUAGUGGUGUCUGACCUUUUCCACAAAACCUGCAGGCAAUGUGGAUCAUGAAAUCUUGAAAUAAUUGUCAAACAAGUACUGUUGUAGUCCACUCAUCUCAUCUCGCAACAUUCACGUCAUCAUAAUUAACAGAAGUCAGCCUGAAGGGCGCCUCUUAAUUUAACUACAGUUGGGUUAGUGUUUGUUGUUUUACACAAGCUGUGUCUGGAUAUUUACUCUCUAUAAGGGGACAACGUUGUUCUGUGAUCUUACUGAGUGUGUCGUACAGUACUUGAUCUAUUUUCAACUAUUGAGAAGUUGAAGUAUAACUUGAGAAAUCAUCUUUUAUGCCUUACUUUUAACACCAUUUUGUAGUUAUGUUAUUGAUGUGUCCUCAUCCAAUACAUUAAUACAACUCACAAACCUGUGAUAUAUUUUUUGUAAUGAUUCUUUACCAUGUGAUUUGUGUUAUUCUGCAUCUUUAUCGCUUAUCAAUAAAACAUCACACCCA